CACCGUUCUUAAAUAAAAACAUUACACGACUCUGAUCUGUGUUUCAACUCAGAGCCAGCAGACCUCAGACAGACCAGCCAUUGCUGCUGUCUGUGUGAGUGUAUACUCUAUGUGUGGUGUGAAGAACAAACAAGUGUGUGUUUGUGUGGAAACAGAGGGUGGGGAUCAGUGCUAAACAUGUUCCUUUAAAUCACAUUACAACUAAGUGGCCUGAGCCUCAUCUGUGACACACAGACACACACGUCCACACACACACACCCAACGGUCCUUUGACAUUAAUUCCAGACAAUGAUUCAGGAUGUCGGAGUCAGUGACGUUUUUUUUUUUUUUUGGUGUAUCCUGUUCCUCUCUCUUCCUCUCUCAUACCUACAUGCACAUACUGUCUACUGUAGCAAUACAAGACCAGAAGGUGGUGCCAGAGGAUCAGGGAACUCCAGAAACUGCAGCUUGUUUCCAUAAUGUGAUGUAAUUCCUGUUGAAACAUGUUUGUUCAAGACACAACGCAGGGAGGGAUCGUUCAGAAAUGAAGACCAGUGAGAUACCAGAUAUGGUUAUGGUUCCAGGCCUCCUUAGGAGAAAAGCCCACAUUGAGAAGAUAGUCUGAUUCAUCUGCCUGUCUGUCCAUCGUCUGUCCUCCAACACAUGGCUGACUCUGAGGACCCACUUUAACACACACACACACACACACACACCCACACACACACACACACACACACACACACACACACACACACACACACACACACAAGAGAAGAUUGGAGAGGGAAGUCCAGGUUGAACCUUCAUGAAUUCAUCACACAGCUCCGUAGUGGAGGUGAAGAGCAGCCUCCCAUCAGGCAUGCAGAGCCCAGUAGGAACAGCAAGUGAGCAGAGAGGAGGAGGUGGAGAAGGUGGUGGGGGUCCAGGAGAAGGCCCAGGAGGAGGAGGAGGAGGCCCAGUGGACCUGCGGACAGAGCCUAGGGUGGGGUCUCUGUCAGGGGGUGCAGCUGGGGUGGACACAGCCCUGAGAGAGCAGCAGCUCCAGCAGGAACUUGUGCUACUGAAACAGCAGCAGGAACUCCAGAAACAACUUUUGUUCGCAGAGUUCCAGAAAAAACACGAAGUACUAACAAGACAACAUGAAGUCCAGCUGCAGGAGCACCUGAAGGUAUUAAGUCAGCAACAACAGGAGCUGUUGGCAGCAAAGCGGCAGCAGGAGCUCGAACAGAAGAGGAAACUGGAGCAACAAAGACAUGAAGAGCAGGAGAAACAGCGACUGGAGCAACAGCUGCUACUGCUAAGGAACAAGGAGAAAGGCAAAGAGAGUGCCAUUGCCAGUACAGAGGUGAAGCUGAAGCUGCAGGAGUUCCUUCUCAGUAAGAAAGAGCCCGGUACCUGCGGACUAAACCAUUCCUUCUCCCCAAAGUGCUGGGGAGCCCAGCACACCUCCCUGGAGCAGAGCUCUCCUCCGCAGAGUAACACCCCAGGAACACCUCCCUCCUACAAACUGCCCCCGCUGCUGGGGAACUACGAGGGCAAAGACGACUUCCCGCUCCGCAAGACAGUCUCAGAACCUAACCUGAAAGUACGUUCACGGUUGAAGCAGAAGGUGGCAGAGAGGCGGAGCUCUCCGCUCCUGCGAAGGAAGGAUGGCACCGUCAUCAGCACCUUUAAGAAGAGAGCCAUAGAGAUAUCAGUCUCCUCUCUCUGUAAUAGCGCUCCAGGUUCAGGUCCCAGCAGUCCCAACAGCUCCAAUACAGCUAUCGCCAAUGGCAACACGGGAUCAGUCCCCAACAUACAGACAGAGCUGCGAUCUCUCCAUCAGACACUGGGCGCUGAUGGGACAUUGAGUCCACUGAGUCUCUACACCUCGCCAUCCCUGCCGAAUAUCUCCCUGGGCCUCCCUGCCAACACACACAUCACGCCUCCCCAGAAGCUGUCUAACCAGCAAGAGGCUGAGCGGCAAGCCAUCCAAUCACUGCGAGGGGGCGGGGCUCUAACAGGGAAGUUUCUCUCCACAUCAUCAUUACCUGCAGGGGUGGGGCAUGAUGUGGAGACUCCGCCUCCCAGCUCUCACUCUUCCCAUUCCUCGUUAUUGCAACACGUACUACUGCUGGAGCAGGCCAGACAACAGACUGCUAUGCUAGCUGUCCCCAUGUACAGCCAGUCGCCGCUGGUUACGGCAGAGAGAGGCGUGUCCAGUGGCAUGCGGGCCGUCAACAAGCUGCCUCGCCAUCGACCACUGGCUCGAACCCAGAGUGCACCUUUGCCCCAGUCCCCACAGGCCCUGCAGCAGCUGGUGGUUCAGCAGCAACACCAGCACUUCCUGGAGAAACACUACAAGAUGCUAUCAAAGGGGGCAGACCUUCCCAGGCCGCCGCCCACUCACCCAGAGGAGACAGAGGAGGAGCUAACAGAGACCAAUGACAUGCAGGAGGAUGACGAAGGGGAGGGUAUUCACAGGCUUCAGAAAGAGGGGUCUGACGACAGUACACCCCCCUCUGAGCGAGUUGGUGUGCACGUGAAGGGUGAGGAGGAGCGCGGGGCCAUGCAAGUGAAAGGGGAGAGUACCGAGAGCGAGCUGGACGAAGAGGAAGAGGAUGACGAUGUCAUCCAGCUGAGGGAGGAUGAAGACGAGAGGGGGAACUACACGCAGGCCUUGCAGCAGCUGGGUGUGUUCCAGUCGUCGUUGCCCCACAGACCUCUGGGAAGAGCGCAGUCCUCCCCUGCGGCCACUGUCAAUCCCAUCAAACACCUCUUCACCACCGGGCUUGUAUAUGACAGUCUGAUGUUGAAGCAUCAGUGUGUGUGUGGCAACGCUCACAUCCACCCAGAGCAUGCUGGGAGAGUGCAGAGCAUCUGGUCCAGACUGCAGGAGACAGGCCUGCUGGGCCGCUGCGAGAGGAUUCGUGGGCGUAAAGCGUCUCUGGAUGAGAUCCAGUCUGUCCAUUCAGAGUUCCACACUUUGCUCUAUGGAACCAGUCCGCUGAAUCGACACAAACUGGACCACAAGAAGCUGCUGGGUCCAAUCAGCCAGAAGAUGUACGCUGUUCUUCCCUGUGGAGGAAUAGGGGUGGACAGUGACACCGUGUGGAAUGAGAUGCACUCGUCAGCGGCGGUCCGCAUGGCGGUCGGCUCAGUUAUCGAGCUGGCCUUCAGAGUGGCGGCAGGGGAGCUGAAGAAUGGCUUUGCAGUAGUGCGUCCACCAGGUCACCAUGCUGAGGAAUCCACUGCCAUGGGGUUUUGCUUCUUCAAUUCAGUAGCCAUCACUGCCAAGCUGCUGCAGCAGAAACUGGGAGUUGGCAAGAUCCUCAUUGUGGAUUGGGACAUUCACCAUGGCAACGGCACCCAGCAGGCCUUCUACAGUGACCCCAAUGUCCUCUACAUCUCCCUCCAUCGCUACGAUGACGGAAACUUCUUUCCUGGCAGUGGAGCACCUGAGGAGGUGGGAUCAGGUGCAGGUGUUGGUUUUAAUGUGAACAUAGCAUGGACUGGAGGAGUAGAGCCCCCUAUGGGUGAUGUUGAGUACCUCACUGCCUUUAGGAGUGUGGUGAUGCCCAUCGCCCAGCAGUUCAGUCCAGAUGUGGUUCUAGUGUCCGCAGGCUUUGAUGCAGUGGAAGGUCACCAGUCUCCUCUGGGAGGCUACAAUGUUUCUGCCAAGUGUUUCGGUCAGCUAACGCAGCUGCUGAUGGGUCUGGCAGGUGGGCGGGUUGUCAUGGCGCUUGAGGGCGGUCAUGAUCUCACCGCCAUCUGUGACGCAUCAGAGGCCUGUGUCUCGGCGCUUCUCGGAGACCCGUGUGACUCCGUGUUUCAGUGGCCUCAGGAGAAGCCAUGUCCAAAAGCCUGCUCCUCGCUGGAGAGAGUCAUAGAGAUCCAGAGUAAACACUGGUCAUGUCUCCAGACGAGCGGCCAUUCGCUAUUGGAUGGUCCCCUGGGUGCUCAGGGCCAAUCAGAGAAGGACGAGGCAGAAACGGUCAGCGCCAUGGCGUCCCUCAGUGUUGACGUUGAUCAGCCAGGCUCUGUUCCUGACAACACUGAAACCAGCAGGUCCACAGAGGAGCCAAUGGAAGAAGAGCCUGUAUUGUAGGAGGAGCUCAAACAAGAAGCACACAAGAACUCCACAUUCACCUCCUUCUGGCACCUCCUCUUCCUCUUCCUUUUCCUCUUCCUCCGCGGAGUGUGUGUCGGUACACACACACGCACGUACACAGGGUGGAACUGUGCCGUUGUGGAGGACUUCGAUUGGCUGAGGAGAACAUUAUAGAGGCAGGAGAAGGCGGGGUCUGUGACAGCAUCUCUUUUUCUAUUGGUUCAUCAGCCUCAAGGAGGAGCAGACGACUUGUUAGCAUCUCCAUGGCAACCAGAGGAGGGGAGGGUCAGCAAGGAUACACCUCAAGUGUAACUGUGACUCCAGGCCGUCCUCUCUUUCCUCUCUAGCACACAGCACCACUGAAUUGUUCCCUUCCACCCGCCCAUCAUCCUUCUGUCUUUUUCUUUUGUCCCCACUCCUCUGUUACCACAGUGGGACGAUGGCUGUCGCAAACCCGGAUUUGAAAUCCCAAUAAAAUGUCAGACACCAAGCAGACGACUUGUCUUCUUGCCUGUCGGUCUGCCGGUGUGUCAGAGAGACAGGCUGAGCGGAGGAGGAAUAAACAAUUAUGAAUGAGCAGAGGAGGAGGAGGAACUAGGUGCCUUUUUUUUGUCCGCAAAAACCAACCAUCCAAUCAGAAACCACAAAACUCCACCACCGCAGCACCUCAGCAAACCAACCAGCCAAUCAGGACUGAAGAAACACACUGACGCACACACAUAUACAGCUGUUGUUUCAGUCGGUCAGUUCAUUCUUUGUCUCUUCAUCUGGAUGCCUUAAUUUGUCCUUAUCUCACUAUUUAGCAACCACGAGAGAGACGGAGAGAGAGAAUCAUGAGAGUUUAUAUGAAUAUAUAUACUGUAUAUUCAGAAAUGUAUUAAAGUGGCAAAGAAUUGUAUUUUCUUUCAAAUCUGACAAUGUUCAUGCCAGGUAUUCCCUGGUUUCCCAACAGACUUUAAUGGUUAUUGAGGGAGAAAAGCCUCUAAAACCAUCAUCACACAUUAGAAAUCUCCAGUAAAAAUCUCCAUUGAAUAUUAACGGUAACAUUAAUAAUAAUAUUCAAGCCGACUUUUAUGGAAUCUGGUGAAAGUGUCUCAGGAUCAGGUCGGUUUUACACAGUAUUCAUUCUGUUAAAUAUGUAAUUAAUGAAACUGCAUCACUUCAGACCACCACCUCUCUCUCUCUGUCACUCAUUUCGGUUUAGUCAUGUGACCUGAGCCCCGUCCCUUCUCUAAAGGGAAUUGUGGGAUUGUGGCACGUUUUUGAAACACCACAACGACCACCACAUCCCUCCUUUUUUUUGUUGUACUUUUUCCUGUUUGGUGUAAAUACUGUCUCCUGUCCUGUUGCCCACGGUUACGUCACAGUGGACUCGGUGUGGUCUCUUUUCUAUAUCUGUACAUACAUAUAUGUAUAAAAAC